AUGUAUGACCAGGAAGAUGAAGGACUGUUGGACGAGAAAGAACAGCUGGACGAAGAGGGCAGAGACGCGCCCACGCCGGCAAAACGACCAUCGAAACUUCUGCUCUGGAUCGCCAUCAACAUCAUCGCUACGACAGCUAUUGUUUUCAUCAACAAAUCCAUCUUCGAUGAUCCUUCUUUCCGUGGCGCCCAGGUUUCCUUUGCGACUUUUCACUUCAUCGUCACUUUCCUCACCCUGCACACGGUGUCUUCAGCAAGAUUUGAGUUCUUCGAAAGGAAGAGAGCAGCUCUGAGAGACAUACUGCCACUGGCGGGUGCCAUGUGCUUGAAUGUCAUUCUUCCCAACCUCUCUCUUGCAUACUCGUCCAUCACCUUCUAUCAGACAGCCCGAGUGCUUUUGACACCCAUUACUGCGCUACUCAACUACGUCUUGUAUCAAAAGACCAUCCCGCGACAGGCCGUCUGCGCUCUGGUGCCCGUCUGCGUGGGUGUGGCUAUGGUGACAUAUUUUGAUGUCAGACCUGCCGCUUCGACGAAAGGCACAAGCUUCUAUGGUGUCGUGUUUGCUUUGAGCGGCGUUCUCAUGAGCGGAAUCUACACUUGCUGGAUCGGCUACUACCAUCAGAAACUCCAGAUGUCGAGCUUACAGUUGCUUCACAACCAAUCUUUGCUUGGCGCCGUACUGCUCGUGUAUCUGAUUCCCUUCGUGGACACCCUGCCAGUGUUCGGUGAAGUACCGCUAUACCGAUGGGUCAUGAUCAUGAUGAGCGGUCUAUGCGCAUGUCUCCUCAAUCUUUCCCAAUUUGCCAUCAUCGCCGGAGCUGGCCCAGUAGCCAGUACCGUGGUUGGUCACUCCAAGACCGUCACCAUUGUGACACUCGGCUGGAUCUGGAGUGGUAAUGGUAUCAGCGGAUACAGCGCGCUUGGUGUAGUGAUAGCAAUAGGUGGUGUUGUGUUAUACUCGACUGCAACGACGAUGUACAAAAAAUAG